UUUCUUUCGUCGGAUUAAAAUGUUAUAAAAUAGUGACAGUGCUUACUAUAUUAUUUAAAAUUUCAAGAAUUCGGUUUACCCUUUUGAAAAUAACCAGACUUUUAACAAAACACAGACUUUAUCGGCGGUCCACGCGCCCGCCCUCACCCUGACUUCAGUUUUGCGGCACCUACGUCAUCGUCGUGAGGCGGCGUCACCCGAACGCGUCUUUUCAAACCGCGCUCAGCGGGACUGUGCGUGAAAAACGGGUCGAGUUUUAAAAGAUAAAGAAAUUUAUAUCUCAUACGAAACAGUAAUAAAACCCGGAGUAGCCGCUCAAUAACCCGGUUAGCCAUGGUGGAGAAGGGAGAAGCGCUUAUCAGCGAGGAGGAGGCGGCGCAGUACGACAGACAGAUCCGCUUGUGGGGCCUGGACGCGCAGAAGCGGCUCCGUGCAUCCAGGGUCCUGCUUGUUGGGUUGAAGGGUCUCGGAGCUGAAGUGGCCAAAAACCUCAUCCUGUCCGGAGUGAAAGGGAUAACCCUGCUGGAUCACGAGCAGGUUACAGAGGACUCUGCCCGAGCCCAGUUCCUCAUCCCAGCGGGCUCUCUGGAUCAGAACCGAGCCGAGGCUUCCCUGGAGCGAGCCCAGAACCUCAAUCCCAUGGUGGAGGUGAAGGCUGACCCAGAGAGAGCAGCGGACAAGCCAGAUGAGUUCUUCCUGGGUUUUGACGCUGUGUGCCUCACCUGUUGCCCGCGGGACCUCCAGGUGAGACUGGACCAGCUGUGCCACAAAAACAACAUCAAGUUCUUCAGCGGCGACGUGUUUGGGUACCACGGCUUCAUGUUCUCUGACCUGGGCGUGGAGCAUCACUACGUGGAAGAGAAGCCCAAAGUGGUGAAACCAGAGAGGAGCGACGAGCCCGAGGCCAAGAAACCCAAACUGGACCCGAAAGAGACGACCCUGGUGAAGAAGACGGCCAGUUUCUGUCAGCUGAAGACAGCUCUGGAAGUUGAUUGGACGAGCGAGAAAGCGAAGUUUGCCCUGAAACGCACGCCUGCAGACUACUUCCUCCUGCAAGUGCUCCUGAAAUUCCGCACGGAUAAGGGGAGGGAUCCUGUCCCGGAGACUGUGGGAGAGGACUCGGAGCUGCUGCUUCAGAUCCGAAACGACGUGAUGGAGAAGCUGGGAGUGAGCGUGGAGCUGCUGCCGGACAGCUUCGUCAGUUACUGUUUCUCAGAAAUGGCUCCGGUCUGUGCUGUGGUAGGAGGGGUCCUGGGGCAGGAGCUAGUCAAGGCUCUCUCCCAGAGGGAUGCUCCUCACAGGAAUUUCUUCUUCUUCAAUGGGAUGAAAGGCAGCGGUGUGGUGGACUGCCUGGGGGUCCAGUAAGAACAGAACCAGACCCCGACGCAACAUUUAUCAGCCUCCACACCUUCAGCGUGUUUUUUUUGCUUUACCAGACCCCUCUGUGCUUUACAAUGCUUCCCUAUGUUUUACCAGACCUCUCUGUGCUUUAC